AUGGAUGCUGCAUCCAAAAAGCUCGAUGUGUUAAUCAAGCUAAUGCAAAGAUUGCUCGUGAUUAAGGGACCUGCUCCCAUUAACUACGUGACCAUCAAAGGCACAAUCGCAGCUGAAAACCUUGAAGAAGCAGGCACCUGGACCUCUGAGCAAGUUGCUCACCUUGCUCAUGCCCUCCGCAAAUAUCUUCUUGACUCGCCACCACCACCAGCAAUCAAAACGAGCUUUAUCUGUAACGAGACAACGUACAUAAAUUUUGUACAGCAAACACAAGUCCUUGGUAUCACACCUUCUGACCCGAACAGCGCUGCACACACAAUGAUAGGCAACUUACAGGGUGUGCUUAAGAUGGAGAAAAAUAUCGACAUGGAAACCAGCUACGACGUAACUAUUCUGAACAGGAAGAAUAAGAUCGAAGGAGCCGGCGUCAAAAAGCUCAAAAACAUUAUCAGCAACCUCAAUGGUUCCGAUGGAUUUUUGGGACCGUUGGCGCUCGAUAAGGUUACAGCAAGUCAACGAGUAAACAACCUAGACACUAAGAAUAAAAGCUACUUCACCCUUUUGGAUAUGAAGUUGUAA